GACCUUACUUCCCUCGGCCAACUUUUUGAGUUGGCUAUUUGGUAGACAUAUCUUUUUUGUUCUAAAGUUGUUUUCUCUCUGCAUUCCUUGUGAUGGGUUGUAUUGUAAGUUCAGUCGCUUGUUGUUUUUGCAGUUCUGCUGCUAGCUUGUGCUGUGCUUGCCUACCUAGUUGCAAGUCUUCGACGUCUUCACGAAUGAUGUUUAGUAUUAUACUUAUUGUUACAGUCCUUCUUUCAGUAAUCGCUCUAAUUCCUGACGUUAAAGACAGUCUAACCAAAAUCCCUGCACUUUGUACACCUUUUAAGCUGUCUCCAUUUACGAAGGAGCAAAACGCCGCUCUAGAUUGUGAUGCUAUUACUGGUUUCGGGGCUGUUUACCGUAUUUGUUUCGCAUCAACUAUGUUUUAUCUUGUGUUCUGUGUAAUUAUGAUCCGGGUUCACUCAUCUAUGGACUGGAGAGCGAAAUUACAAAAUGGGUUUUGGUUCUUUAAGUAUGUUUGUUGGUUUGGUUUAUUGAUUGGUGCAUUCUUCAUACCCGUGGAAGGUUUUACAAGUUUAUGGAUGUACGUCGGAAUGAUUGGUGGGAGUUUGUACAUAAUCAUACAGUUAAUUCUUCUUGUGGAUUUUGCUCACUCAUGGAACGAGAACUGGCUAACGCAGUAUGAAGAAAGUGGAGAAAAGUGUUAUGCAUUAGGUCUGAUCUUUUUCACUUUUCUCUUUAAUUCAUUGUCGAUCGCUGGGAUUAUACUCCUGUUUAUCUUUUACGCAAGUGCUCCACAUUGUGGACUAAAUAAGGCUUUAAUCAGUCUUAAUCUUAUUUUCUGCUUCCUUGCAUCAGUUAUUUCAAUUUUGCCGAGAGUGCAAGAAUAUAUGCCACAGUCUGGCUUGUUACAGUCCUCGAUGAUUACUGCCUAUGUAACUUUCCUGACAUGGUCUGGUUUAACAAAUGGUCACGAUCCAGUAUGCAACCCAUCCCUAACUAUCGCAAACAGUACAAAUACACAGGAUGGUUCAGUUGUUUUGAAGUUCGAUCGACAUAUUGCUAUCGGUAUAAUAGUGCUCGUUUUUUCUGUUCUUUACUCCACCCUAAGAUCUAGUACAAAAACAUCAGCUGGAAAGUUCCUUAUUUCCGGUACAGAAGAUACAACUUUGGCAGAACAAUUUUCUAGUGCUGAUGACGACAAUGGACGUGAUGGUCAAAAAGUAUGGGAUAAUGAAAAAAAUGGUGUGGCUUAUAACUAUUUUAUGUAUCAUUUUAUGAUGUUACUGGCUACAUUGUAUGUUAUGGUCAUGCUUACUAAUUGGCUAAAGCCACAAAAUGAUUUGAAAACACUAGUCAGCAAUUCAGCUGGUUUUUGGGUACGUAUUGUGAGCAGUUGGGUAUGUUUGGGUAUUUAUGUGUGGACAUUGAUUGCACCGGCUCUGUUUCCUGAUCGUAUAUUUUAACCAAACUUGAUCAUUUUGUUGCAGAAUUAAAUUAUUUCCUUUUAUUUCAAACUUUAUUCAUGUUACUUUUGUUUUAUAACACAGUAUCUUAAAGUAACUGGAACACGACUAGAAAGUUCUCGUUCAGUCACACAAAUUUAUUGACAAUCAUUGCAUUGUUAUAUUACUAUGAUUCUCAUUAUUGCAUUAUUAUUUCAUCUAAAAUAAUUUGUUUACAUUAGAGACCGUUCUUAGUCAUUGAUUAUAAUAUCGGAUUGGUUUUGCUUAAUAUGCUUUCAUCAGCAUUUUUUUGGUUAUUGAAUUAACUCUACAGCCUCCUCGUUCAUUAAAUUAUUUGUUUCUAUUUUGUCUUAUAUUUAAGAGACUUUAUGAUAUG